CGAGAUUUUUGGAAUCCGUGUUAAAAUUUGGCAGCACUGAACAUUUACUUUGACAACUGUCUGUCAAAAAGUUUGCUUUUGCUUUUUUAUUUAAAAAAUUAAAAUUUAAUAAAACAAAGCUCUAAACAAAAUGAGAGAAAAAAAAAAAACAAACAAAAAAAAUCGUAGAAUUGUUCCUGUUUUACCUAUGCUUACUUAUGAUGCCCAAGGAGAUGACGAACAGAGAUCGCUGCCACACAUCGACAAUGGGUUCCAUUCCAAACUACCACCAGGAAUUCUACCACAUGGUUUGCCCACUAUGAAGGAAGUUGCAUCAGCCAUAACACCACUUGAACACAAAAAAGAACCUGAAGAGAAAAAUAAAUUAAGGAACUAUCGGAAGAACAAAAACAGAUGAUCAUCUUGUCGGCGGACUUUCAAAGGUUUGUUUUACCCGCUGGACGUGUCUUCGAAAGGGCUCUAUCUGAGAAUGUCGACAUCUACACCGAAUACAUUGGAGGUGGUGAUAGGAGUCAAACGAUGAGAGGACACAUGCUAGGUUGUCAUUGAAUCGAGAUUUCCACGAAGACCGAUGGUCUAAGAAUCGAUGCGUCACUUCAAUGGAUUGGCCAACACAUUUUCCUGAACUGGUUGUUGUUUCAUAUCACAAUCAUGAGGAGAGUCACAAUGAACCAGAUGGUGUUGUAAUGGUCUGGAACACAAAAUAUAAAAAACAAACACCCGAAGAUGUAUUCCAUUGUCAAAGUGCCGUUAUGUCAACAUGCUUUGCUAAACCAGCAGAGCACCUCUAAGUGCAACUGCACAUACGCAUCCAGUAUAUUGUUUGCAAAUGGUUGGCACACAGAAUGCAGACAAUGUGUUAUCGAUCUCAUCCGAUGGCAAGCUUUGCUCAUGGAGAUACACUGGAAUUGCAGCCACGGCAAUCGAACCCAAUUGCUAUCAGUUGCAUGUCCUUUCCAUCGAAUGAGAUUAACAAUCUGGUUAUGGGUAGUGAAGAUGGCAAUGUUUAUUAUGCUUAUCGACAUGGAAUACGUUCGGGUGUGUCUGAAGUCUAUGAGAAACAUUUGGGUCCAGUGACGGGAAUAUCAACUCAUCCAAAUCAAUCUACAACAGAUUUUGGUGAUUUGUUUCUUACAUCGUCCAUUGAUUGGACAAUAAAGUUAUGGAGUCUUAAGGACACUAAACCAUUAUAUUCAUUUGAAGAAAAUUCAAAUUAUGUUAUGGUCUCCAAUUCAUCCCGCCUUGUUCGCUUCUGUCGACGGCAGUGGUCGCCUUGAUUUAUGGAAUACCGAAGUGCCCUCGGCAUCGGUGAUUGUUUUUUUUUUUGUUUUGUGUAUGUAUGAUAAUGAAAAUUAGUAAAAGAGUAUUUACUGAGUAGGUACCUACUUAUGAAAAAAAAAAAAACAUGAAACAAAAAUGUUAAAUAAAUAUAUAGGUAAAUUUUGUCAAAAGCUGAG